AUGAGUCUUUGCGAGAGCUAUAACUCAAGCGUGACGUUUUCCGCCACUGAACGGUCAAAGGAUACCUGGUCAACAUUACUGCUCCCCGCCCUUGCCUCGAAUAGGCAGCAGUUGGUUAUCUUACUAGCGAAGGUGAUGCACACCAUUGAUGGAUGCCCCUACUACGACACACAUGCACUACUCCUUGCCCACAGGCAACUAUGUGACGAUUUAUCUACAUUGAGGGAUCUUGCGGCAACACAACCGGAAGAUAUGGAAAGUUUCACCGCAUUUAUGGCAAAUAAUCGAUUGGACCAUAUCAUGAACAAGGUUAUAUUUGAUAGCUUUCUCAAUGGGGGAGCCAUUUACACAACUUAUAGAGUUUUCCUUCCAACCCAUCAGCUAAUUGCUAUAUUGUUUCUGAUUUGCGAAACCUGUCAAGUUACUUUCAAGCGUGAACUCUUUCUUGACUCAAUCGACCAGAUGAUCAACUUGAGGGCAAAAUAUUUGGCUGCAAACCGACUUGAACCCAGGAGUAUCAUUGGAAACAUCAUCGAGGAUGUCUUGAGCAAACUUGCCCCAGAUCCCGAAAUCUUACAGCUUUUGAGAGAGCUGUUACGUGGUUGUAAUUCGUCCAGUGAAGCCAAGUUUCUCAUGGGUGAUAUAGCUGCUUUCACCACCAACUUGAACAUGGAUGCGGUCAUUGCUCCUGAGGAUUUCGACCAGUUGAAGAAGUCAUUUGAAGAGAUUCUUGUUCUCAUGUUAACUAGAAACUACAACGAGCUAUACAGAGAUACUUAUAAAGUCAUUCGAGAUUGCUACAACACCUACUUUCAUCACAUCAAUCUCAACACAGGGGUUUACGAACCGAAUUCCACGCAACAAAAUUCGGAUGUGUACCAGUACGAGGUGUCCAGUGGAAUUGGACCCAACUUAUCAGUCAGAUACGAAGAGCAACCAAGUCAGCAUCCCAACACUUGGGUUCCCAGUUUUCUAGAGGAUGAUCACUACAAUGAAAACACAAACACAGUUAAUCGUGUUGAAAUAGAAAAACCAAGAAGAAACCCGUUCAAAAUGAUCUUUCGUAGACGGGUUCUAACAGAAAAGAGAUGGCAUUUGUUUCACAGAAAGCAACACGAAGUUUGA